AAAAGAAGAAAUAUACCUCAGGUUCCCGGAAGGCUGUGGUAGCAUGUCCGGCAAGGUAGUCAAGGUUGAGCGUGCCCUGUAUGGCCUAAAGCAGAGUGGCCGUGAGUGGGGGUUUGAAGCUGCCGAUGCUCUCAUCGAGAUUGGAUACGAGCAGUGCAGGGUUGACCCGUGUGUCUUCCGGAAGGUGGUGGAUGGAGAGGUCGUAGGUCUCAUCGUGAUCUACAUUGAUGACAUCUUAGUGGCGGCAGACGAGGGAGAGCGAGAGGAGUUGUUCACUUCCCUCAACAAGAAGUUUCCGGUGAAAGAUCUGGGGGAGUGUACCUGGUACGACAGUUGUGCUAUCGCCAUGGAUUUAGAAAAUGGCAUCACCAAGCUGUCCCAGACAGCAUACAUUGAGAGUAUGCUGAAGCGGUUUGAUGUGACCACGACCGCUUUCACCUCUGCUACCACCGAUGACGACCUAGGGCCGAAGAGAGAUAACGAACCCGCGGUGGAUGAGCCUGUGAGGGAGGCGAUCAGAUGCCUGAUGUGGACGAAGCUGACGAGGCCAGACAUCGCCCUGCCUCUGAACAAGCUCCAGAAGAUCGCCCACUCACCCACCGGGAGGAUAUGGAACGCGCUUGUGCGGAUCGUGUCCUACCUGAACUUCACGAAGGACUUCGGCAUCACCUACGUACGGGGGUCAGGACUAGACCUAAGCGUGUUUGUCGAUGCCAGCUACGCUGACAACGAAGUAGACAGGCGUUCUACGACCGGGCUAGCUGGCGUGAAGGAGGCGUUGUUUGUGCGUGGCGUUCUGUCGUUCAUAGCGCCCGAGACGAGUGGGGCGAAGAUCAAGGUCCUUGAGGACAACAAGGGGGCUCUCGCCUUAAUCGAGGACCCGUUCAGCUUAGCGAGGGGCAAGCACAUCGACGUGCGGUUCCAUUUCAUUCGUGAGCUAUUCAAGUCGGGCAAGAUCACUGCAGCGUAUGUUCCGACUGGAGAGCAGCACGCCGGCAUGCUGACCAAGGUCCUCGGCAGAGAGAAGUUAGAGUACCACCGGAAGGCUCUGAUGAAUCUACCGAUGUAG